CUGUCAGUUAAUGCGUGCGCCGAUUCGUCGGUCGGCCGCCGCGCGAAUCGGCAGUUGAGUUUACCACGAGCACGGGGCGUGCCUGGUGUUGGUGGACAUGGCGGCGACUGUGACCAAGGGGGUGGAGGACGUCAACGUGACGUUUGAAGAUCAACAGCAGAUCAACAAGUUCGCAAGAAAUAACACGAGGCUAGUUGACCUGAAGGAUGAAAUAGAACUUAAGAAGAAAGAGCUGCAGAAUCUGCAGGAUGCGGCCGAUGAUCUGAUGAUGCUGGACGAUGACUCGAUGCUCAUCCCGUACCACAUUGGGGAGGUGUUCAUUUGCCACAGCCAGGAGGAGACUCAGGAGAUGUUGGAAGCUGCGAAGAAAAGCAUGGAGGAGGAAAUUGCUGCAUUGGAAGCUCGUGCCGUCACCAUCAAGAAGCUGCUGUCGGAGCUCAAGGUGCAACUCUAUGCCAAGUUUGGCACCAACAUCAACUUGGAGGCAGAUGAGGAGUGACCAGUCCGGCCGCGAUUCACAUCAGAGGCAUCGAGGAAGCAGCUCCAUUUUAUUUUGGGGGCAAAGGAAUCCAAAGCGACCACCCGCAAAUCGUGUGCAUUGCGAGUCGAUGACUUGUGCUCUAGCCAUGCUAACAAAGUCGGGGUGGAGGAAUAAGUUGGUUGUCAAAUGGAGGCUGGCAAACCCAUAUUUGCCUAACAGUGGUUCCCAAACUUCGCUUUUUGUUCUCUCCUCUACCCCAACGUCAACAGAUUGUCAAUCAUAAGUUGAACGAGAUCGAUCUGUGGAUGGUGUACAGCUGUGUGAUGGUGUCUGACGCUUUUUUAUUUUUACAUCCAUUCAAUUAAGUUACAAAUUGGUUCGAAGAGCUCUCUUGUAGAGACUCGAAUAACCAAUAACUGCACACAUAAACCUACUUAAAGUUUGUAUGUACACAUAGGUGAAGUGCUUUCAUUUUUAAUAAUUUUAUUGAAAUGGAAACAUGAGUUUCUUAUUGCCAACGCAUGCCAGUACUAAUAUACAUGAAUGUUCACAUAUGUGUGUGUACUCUUAGUUUAAGUACUUUGGUUUAGUGUCAUACUUUGAGUUGCCGAAAUGUAUACUAAAUCGUUUGGAUAUUUAAAUAGCAUUCUAUUCUAUUUAAAUGAAUAACUUAAACCGAACGAGACAUCAGCAGUUGGUAAAACUAAACCAAACGUAUGCAACUUGUUCACAUUAACUUCUGUUUUGGUUACCUGACAUUUUUGUUGAUUAAAUUAUUGACUUUAAAGAGGAGUACUGUAUUUCACAUGUAUUUUUCUUUUGGAAAUAAAGCAAUGAUGCUAUAUAUGGUA